CGUUCUGUGCCGGAUUGCCCUGCACCGACGUGGCGUCCGGUGUUCAGACAAUGGGAAAUACGACGCUAUAGAAAUCACAAUAAAGAUUAUUAUAGCUUAUGCACACUGCUCAAUUUGUAUUAAUUGUCCCGGUCUGGAAACGAGGUCAAACGGAUAUACCAACAAAGGGAACCCGUUGAUAAAUUGAACGGUCGAUGAAUACUAGCGUUUCUCGCAGAUGGCUUAAUAAACGGCAAUAAUUGUCAGGACGACUAUGCCUGUCAAACAAUUAUUACUAGAGGGGUCGGCUGAGGUUUGUGUCACACACCAGCUCUGGCAAUCGUCAUUCGAUCACGAAGGCUUUACUCGUUCGGUCGCGAAUUUCUUUUGCACAUUUUUAGUGAAUUUCCUAUCAUAAAAACUGUUUCGUUUGUGUGUAUUCGACAACGUCACCAUGUUCAAAAUCUAUAUUGUCUUAUCGGUUGCACUGCUAUCGCUUUGGUUGGACAUUGGUACCGCCACGGGCGGAUCUGGGCUUCAACACGAAUAUACUCACGGCGACCAUAUUAGUGCCGUGCUAUCAGCAAUCGUUGUCAAUUUUACCACCGUCGAUAACAACCAAUACGUCCAAUUUACAUUGUUAGUAGAAGGCGUAGGUCUCACGAAAGAUGUAAUGGUGCGUACGACUUCAGCUUUUAAGGGGCGUGGAUCAUUAUGCUUCACAGAUCAACAAUAUAAGUAUGCCGACUCCGAGAGAAACUCGUUUGAAAUAUUACAAGCUAACGGUACACAAAUGUAUUUAACCAACAAGUUGAAGAUCGAUGAAAAUGUCGUGGAAGGAAAGUUGUUCCUGUGCCUUAACGGACCACGGGUAUCGACCAGAAAUUCGUCACAUGAUCGUUGGGUACAUCAGGGUGAUUUUGGUUGGAUCGUCUGGCCUGUACCACCGAUGUAUCUGUUUCCUAGAUAUGUAUACGAAGUCACCGAACCUGCAAGUGAAUCCAACUCAUUUGAGACAACAACAAGCGACUAUGGAAAAAAAUACAAACAUCGCGGUAACAAGUUACAUUUUUUAAAUGACACGGCUUGGUCCUAUACAAAAAUGAACCGGACGAACACUUUAGUCACCGCUAAUGGCCUCAGGUGCGAAUUCCUCGUCAAAGCCGUUAAAAAGCCAAACUUAUUGGACGACUACAGCAAGUCGGAACCCUCAAACCUUCAGCGUGAAACAGUUUAUUUAUGUGAGCACUAGUCGGCCGUAGCGGAGAAAUACAGAAAAAGCGAUAAUAGAUAACGCCGAAAAAAUUGAGUAAUGCUAAUUAUGCCUGUACUCGAAUUGCACCCAAAUUUAGUUGUUUGAGAGGGUACCUGAAGUCGCACAUAUCACCUAAAUUUUUUUUAGAAAUCAUAUACACUAUUAAACUAUAUGCACGAGUAUUUUGCACUCAUUCUAAAAAUCGAUUUUAUUAUAAUUUUAUCGAGUUAUAAAUAUAAAGUUAUUAUACUCA